UUAUCUGAAUAAUGGAGAUGAGACAGAAGGAGCAGAUCAUUAGUAGCUAUCUGCAGAGCUAUUUAACACGAAGAAAGAAAAAUAAAAACGAAAAAAGAAGAAGAAGAACAUUGGUAGGCAUUUAGAGAAAGAAGGAUGGAGAUUACAAGGUGUUUAUUGACGGGGUUUGAGGCAAGCAAGGCAUACUUGUUCCUGGCUUUGAACGAACUCUUCCUUGCUGUGUUCAUGAUUUUAAUAGAAUCAGUUACCUCAAGUGGAGUCAGUGCUCUCGUCAUUGUGGUCUACGAGCAUGUCAUUGCCACCAUUCUCUUGGCAGUUCUCGCUUUCUUCCUCGAAAGGAACGAAAGGCCUCCUCUCUCCUUCAAGAUACUAUGCUAUGCAUUCCUGUUGGGGUUGUUACAGAUUACACUUUGUCAGCUGCUAAUGACAAUAGCCCUGCAAUUUGUAUCAUCGAGUUAUGAAAGCAUUGGAAUUAACUUGGUCCCCUCUGUAGUAUUCGUAAUGGCCCUCUUUUUCCGUCAAGAAAAUCUCAAGUUUUGGAGCAUCAAUGGGCAGGGCAAGAUAUGGGGUCUAGUCCUAUCGGCAGCCGGAGCAUUGAUUUUAGUGUUGUGGGAGGGUCCAGUUUUGCUAACCUCUAGGUUGUUUAACAUUCAAGUAACUAGUGAUGGUGUUAUUGGCUUCAUAAUGAUCGUUGUUGGAGUGCUUGCAACAAGCUUUUGGAAUAUUAUGGUGGGGCAUGUCACUCAAUUUUACCCAGCAGAAUUAUCCUUAAGCACAAUGAUGAGCUUCUUUGGAACCAUCCAAACUGCUAUAGUAACUGUAUUUGUGAUAUCGUGGUCAUCUUGGGAACUAAAGUGGGAAGGAGGGCUUGUCUUGGUUACCAUAUUACUUGGAGGAAUUGUGGUGACAGGAUUAUCCUAUUAUGUGAUGACUUGGUCCAUUAAGAAGAAUGGUCCUGUGUUCACAUCGGCAUUUAACCCACUUCUAGUCGUUUUCUCGUUUUUGCUACAAACGUUUGUAUUGGGAGAUUCUGCACAUUUGGGCAGCAUUGUGGGAGCAGUUUCGGUUAUAUUUGGCUUGUACCUACUCUUAUGGGCAAAAGCCAACGACAUGGAGAAGAAAGAGAUUGUGGCUGAUGAUUCUGUUUACGAUCCAUUGAUUCAAGCCUGAAAGAGGGAGGCAACGGUUCAAUAAGAAACUGUAAUUCACAUGGCAAUUCUUCAGCUAAGUGACUCAAAUCACUUGUGAUCAAAUGUCAAACAGUAGUAUUGUUUCAUUCAUUCACUCUAAUAGUUGAUGGGCU